AUGGCUGAGGAAAAAGAGCCAAAUACUCCACAUGCAGAGUCCGUGAGCUCGAGUGAGCAAGAUUUUCCAGCUGUCAGAGGCCAUGUCCCGCACAAGGUAUGGCUCGUCCAAGGCUUGUAUUUCUUGGAGAGAGCAGCUUUCUACGGCCUCAGCCAGAUCCUCCAAAAUUACCUCCAACUUUCUCCAAAUGACCCUUUUCGCCCAGGAGCCCUUGGCCUAGGGUCGGCAAGAGCAGUGUUGAUCAUAUAUAUCUGGUUCAUAUACAGCUACAGUACGCCUCUAGCCGGCGGUUUGUUGGCAGACUGUUGGCUCGGCCGUCGCAAAACAAUUCAAAUCGGAUUUCUAAUCUACGUCUCGGGGCUCGGUAUAGUCACUGCAACAGCUUUUACGCAGCGAAUUUACGGCACUGGCGGCCUUCCCGGCUUUAUAGUUGGCAUGCUCCUUAUUGGCGCUGGUACGGGAACUGUGAAACCAAAUAUAACGGUAUUCUUGAUUGACCAACUCCCCGAAGAGGAACCCAAAGUUGUGACUUUGAAGAAUGGAAAGUCGGCGAGAGUGAGUCGUGAGCUCACAAUUCAGUUUAUAUGGAACGCCAAUUACUGGGUGAUUAGUGUCGGCGGUUUGUGUGGCAUUAUUACAACCAACGUAGAGAAGCAUGCCUAUGCCGGUUUUGGGUUUGCUUUUCUUAUUUGUCUUUGCCUAGUUGCUAUGGCUACAGCAAUAUUCCAAGUCGGAUACACGAAGUUUGAAACGGCACCGCCGUCUGGAAACCCGAUUGCAAAUUUAUUCAGCGCAUUGCGUCGUCGCCGAAACCUAGCCCAUCUCAGGCCAGAUCAAACAGAAACUGCAAUACAAUCUUCUACUCAUGUCACUCCAAGUGAAGACGAGUCUAUAAUAGCCGAUGCAAAGGCCGCCCUCAGAGCUUGUUUAGUCUUCCUUCCUUUCCCAGCUCUGCUGCUCUCCAUCAACCUCAUGGACAGCACCCUCAUAGCGCAAGCAGGCACCAUGCAGACCCACGGCCUCCCAAAUGACAUCAUGUACAAUCUGAACCCGAUUUCUGUUAUGAUCUUCUUGCCCUUCUUUCAAAGCUGGAUCUACCCCACACUGGCCAGAAAGAAGAUCAACUUCUCGCCUGAGCACCGUAUUGGCGUGGGCCUUUUUUGUGCGACGCUUGCAAUUGCAUAUACCACAGGGAUCCAGCAUCUCAUAUACUCGACUGGUCCAUGUUUCAACCAGCCAUUAAAGUGCCUUGGUGGGGGCAUACCCAACGAUGUUUCCGUUGGAAUUCAAACGCCGACCUAUGUAUUUCUUGGGUGGGCAGAGAUCCUUGCGAUUGUGUCUGGCACUCAACUUGCGUAUUCAAGGGCCCCAGCAAGUAUGAGAUCAAUUGUCCAGGCUCUAUUUAACUUCUUUAGUGCUUUGGGCUCGUUUCUCGGUGUCGGUGUGUCGUUUGCCGCCUACGAUCCCAACAUGGUCAUUGUAUAUGGAUCGAUCACCGGACUGCUGUUAUUUGUUACCAUUGGGUUCGAAUUGGCCUACCUAAUCAGACGCAAAAUCUCCAACUAA